GGGCCUUAUGGGUGAGCACCAGUGUCUCAAUUGCAAUGUUGGAAGGUUGCCCCAAUGUUGGGGUGUGCCGAUUGAGGACGUUGGAUGAGGCACUUGUCAAGAUAUGCAUGAAAAUUGUCAAUAUGAAAGAAGGCUGCAUGCUUUCCGUGGACGAGCAGCUAAGUGUGAUUUUCCUCGUCACCCAAUGAAUCAGAUUCAUUUCUUCUCAUAAGCAGCUUUCAAACACAAUGUAGCUGUUUGGCAAGACUCUGUUCCGGACGCUGGAGUGUUGUCCUGCUACAGUUGCACAUGUAAGCCUGGUCGAAACCUUAACGUGGACGUCAGCUUCUACUCAGUGUGCUAUCUGUGCUUCAUGCUCUGUCAUGCUCCUGCCUCCGCCUUGCACCUUGAGCACCAAUCCAAGUUCCAUCUCGGUGUUGGUAAAAGUGACCGUGAACGCAGGCUAGAGGGAAUUCAUCCAGGCUCAGUCCGCGUGAGGUCAAUGGCCUUCAGUUGGUGAACUAGACUCUUUUCUAAGGAGUGAGUAGAUGCAAAGGAAGGAAAAGGACGGGCUUUGGGUUUCUUUUUUAUUAAGGCCAGGGGUCCUGAUUAAAGGCCCCGUCCUUUUCACUUCCCUUUUUGCGGAAUGUACACGUUGAACCGUUAGUUAUGUUGGUGAAGUCGAUGACCUAAGACUAACAGUGUUUUUGAUCCCAACAUGACAAGUUGCCGAUAAGUGGCCGAUAAGUUGACAAUAGCUGAGGCAUUCUGCUUUAGUAGACAUUUUUAGACCUCCUAACCCCAAUUCUUCCCGAAUGCGUCGCGGACGGUCCACUAGGAGUCUGCGGAAACGUGACUCUUGAUGGCAUACGGUAUAAGUGUGCCCAAAUCGGCAACUGUUCGCAAGGUCUGCGCUUUGUGUCGCAGUGCCAUUUCUUUUGGGUUUUCAGGGUGGUGCUUUGGAGGGGUUGAAUGUCGCACUUUCUGUAGAUCCAAGUUUGUUUUGAAGCUGCAUUCUCGUGACAGAUGUCAGGUACAGUUGCGAUGUUGGACAGAUGUCAGGUCUGUAGAACUCACUUUCCAUACUUUUGUGCAUGUCGGAGGCGCUUGGAUUGCAAGGUGCGAGGCCUUGGCGGUGCUGUUUGACAUGUGGGCUGCGUUUCAGAUGGACGCGACACUUGCGGAACGCGUGUCACACAAGAGUAGGCUACAAGAGCAUUCUUCAAGAGUCGCAGGCAAGAGUGACUUGCAAGAGUGUCGUCGAAAGUGUGUCCCACAAGCAAGUCCGACAAAAGUGUCGCACAAGAGUCUGCUUAGGAGUGUCUUACAAGCGUGUCUUUCAAGAGUGUCCGAACAGUGCUGCGCAAAAUCGUCCUGGACAUACAUCAGCAAGCGUGUCCUACAAGAGUCUACAAGAGUGUUAACCAGAGUGUCACCCGAGGUUGUCGUAGAAGAGUGUCCUGCAAGAGUGCUUUACAAACGUUUCCAACAAGAAUGUCGCCUCAGAGUUUCUGGCAAGACAAGUGUCCAACAAGAGUCCUGCAAAAGUAUGAAGCAAGAGCCCUGUACGAGUGUCGCGCAUGAUUUCUUGCCUUCCCGGACUUCUCGAACUUACGGAUCAAAAACCAAAUCUUUGUUUAUUCUUGACAUAUUGAAAGGUGUUCUGCAUUCCGUUCAUGGCGUCUAUAUAUCACGUUUAUCCAUGGAUUUGCCAUGAUCUGCCUCUAGCUUGUGGGAAAGCUCAGUGGUGCCAUCGAUGACUCCAUUACCAGUGCGCUUCCGUGUGCACCCGCAGUCCUGCUCCAGUUGUGUACCAGCAUCGAUCCAUUUGCCAAUGGCAGCCAGUAACAUGUCGAAUGCAUUGGAUGAUGAUAGCUAAAACCUUCUUUUUUUUUGCUGGCCCAGACCGCAUCAUUUGCAUUUAUGUGCCACAUACACCUUGGAACCUCGGGUGUCCUUCCAAAGGCACCACUGUUGUUCAUGCUUUGCUUGCACCAAGGUGGCUGUAACACUCCGCUAUUUGGCGAGUCAGUAGCUGUCCAUCCUUCGCUUCCAUUUCCAGCUGCAAACCCAAACUUGCUCUGCACGUGCUCGUUAAGCAAAACUUGUCCUUGCCGUUUUUGGACGUUGAUCUUUGGAAUGUCUAGAGAGCGCAGUAGAUGAGAAAGUGAAAGAAAGGCUUGGGAAGAGUAGAAGGAAUAAGGGACAUUUGGCGCUCUUCAGAGCACAAGGUUUGUCCCUUUUUUUGAGCAAUCGGGGGCCAUUAUGGUUGGUCGUUCCAUAUGUGCAGGUAAAUUUGGAGACGUACAGCUCUUUCAAUUGCCAGGCCGAUCAUGUGUUAUUCGCAGAUCCAGAUUGUCACACAUUCCAGGGCAUCUUCCUCGAACAACAAGGAGCUUCAACAACAAGACAUGGACCGUCUCCAACAAACAAUGAGGACCAGGAGUUGUCAAUCAAACAGGUGCAGGAUGAUUGAGAGAGCUCCAGACACGUGCAUUAUUUGGAAGAGCGCAAUUUGCCUUUGCACUUCAAAAGAAGGCCGAUCAUUCAUUUUGGGUGCCCUCAGAUGGCCCUGGUCCGAGUGCUUCAUGCAAUUCCAGCGCAUUGCCUCGUCCACAUUCAGAUGAUUGCUCGGUUGACGAGUCCACCAUUCACUGCUGCGUCACCUAAUCAGCUGAUACUUGCAUCUCCGUCUUGUUUUCAUGGCUUUUGGCUGUGGCUUUGUCACCUGCCCCACAGGCUCACUGAGGCAGAAGAGGUACUCUCCAGGGAGUAGAACUGCUCUCGGGUGAUGCUUCCACUUGCAACCCUUGUGCCUGACACGAAAGGGUCUGGUCUUGACAACGGUUCUUAACGGAUCUCUUAGUUGUCGCUAGAGUGAAACCUUUCAUUGAACUUCUGAUAGAAGCCUCUCUGCGCUGUUCCGUACUGUUCUGAGGUACUGCCGAUUGGCCUGGGAGGAGCUGAGAGAGGCAUUAGACAGUACCAAUGACACGCUCUUGUCCAGCACCGGCGUGAGAUCAACAGGUCAAACUCAAACAGAUGGCGGAGACUCCGACGAGGAGCGAACCCCUUCGGCGCCACUUCGCAGUGAGAAGCGGCGGCUCCGCUUUGAGAGCGACCUCAGG